GCCCCUCCCCCGGGACCCUGUGGGGCCUUUCCUGGGGUGGGUGCGAAAAUCGCUGGUCCGGAUCUGCGCAGGAAGGAUGGAAGUGUUCGGAAAGAAAAGCACGCUUUGCCUUUGGGCUGCCGCUAGCUGCUUUAGCGACUUACAGCCUGGAGCCUCGUACAGCUGAGUGCACACCGGAUCGGUUUUAACCACUAGAUGCAAAAGGGGGGUUGAGCACCAGCGUGUCACAGCUCCUUAGAGAAUCACCCUCCGCGUGCCGCCUCGUGAGGGCUGGAGGCUGCAGGGGAGCUUGGUGCAAACACACGAGGUUGCUGCGGUGCCUGAGCGUGCUGCCGCGUUCUCCAGUACGGCCCUUCCCAGCCCCAGCGCGUUACCUGCGGUUUUGCCCCUUACGAAGGACGAGAAGGAACCAGCCCCUGGGCCUGGAAGCUGGUGGCUCCUCGGGGUCUUGCCCUCGUGGUUCCUACUGUUCUUCCUCAAGUGGAUGCUUCCCUGCCGUGUUGGGCCUCCUUGCACAAGCCCAGGUUCCCAGGGAGCUUCCCACCCCAGGUACUUCCUACGGGAGCGAGCCAAGGCCCUGAGGGGAGCAUUGCAGAUGCUGCCAGAGAUUCUGGUGUGAUGCCGAGGGGUGAGGGUGAGCGCUGUGCCCAAGCGAACGGAUCUGGAAGAGCAGCCUGCACUGGAGCUGCACUGAGCUGAGGAGGCAGGAGGAGAUGGUCUGUCCUGGGAUGGCUCUGUUCACUCUGGAGUCCUCGGUGUAGCCCAUGGUGAUGCUGCCUUUCUCCUCUCCCCUGCCUGGUGUCAUGGAGUGAGGGAUCCAGACCCCACAGCCCUGGGGUUCUCAGCUGCUGUGCUAUGGGCGCAGAUGGGGAAAGAGCUGCAGCAUCUGCACUCGGAUGACUGUGGAGCUGAGUACCAGCAGGCUCUGGUGAACGUCCACGAGAAGCUGCGUGAGCUGGAGGGGCUGGGCGUAAGGAGCAGAUGGAGCAGCAGCUUCAGCAGUGGUUCGCUGAGCGCUGGAAGGUGAUGAAGGUUUGAUCCUGGCUUCAUGCAAGUUCCUGCCAGCAAUCAGCAAAGCAUUCGCAGAGUACCCAGCUCUGCCCCGCUGUGCUCGCUGCAGCCGGACGAGGAGAAGCUGGAUCAGUGCAAGUACUCUCGGCAGGCAGGGCCGAGACACAGCGAGGGCAGCCUACACCCAGCGGGCCGAGGAUGCCGGAAUAGCCGCGCAGAGCCGCUGGAGUGUCGGGACCUGCUGGUCCAGAACGCGCUCUUCACUGGGGACCUGGAGAUGCUUCGGAAGUACUUCACCAAGGGUGCAGCUGUCAACCUCAUCAUUGAGACCAAGGGUGAUGAGCUGCGCUGGACUAGCAAGAAAUUUGGGCUGUGGUCUCUGGCCUACGAGCAGGAGCUCACCACGCCGCUGCACAUCACGGCCGGCCGGGGCUACGCGGACUGCCUGCGGUUCCUGCUGCGCAGGGGCGCUGCCGUCGACUUCGCGCCGGGGGGCAAGACUGCCCUGCACGAGGCUUGCGCCGCGGCCAGCGCGGACUGCGCACGGCUGCUGCUCAGCUUCGGAGCCGACCCCGAGGCCGUCUCUGAGGACGGCUACACGCCGCUGCACCUCUGCAAGAGCCCGGGCUCCUUUGAGUGUGUCCAGCAGCUGCUGCAGCACGGUGCCAACGUGAACAGGCGGACAGAGGAGGAAGAGGACACAGCUCUGCACGUGGCGGCACGGCACGGCCUGGCAGACCACGUCCGGCUGCUGCUGCGCUACGGGGCAGAGCUGGAAGCGACGAAUGAGGAGGGACAGACCCCGCUGAACGCUGCCUGCGCUCAGCCCCAUCAACCCCAGGACAUGGAGCGCUACUACCGGGUCUGCCAGCUUCUGGUGGAGAGCGGUGCCAGCAUCAACGCUGCGGACAGGGACCGCCAGCACCCGCUUCACCUGGCCUGCAAGAACGCCAAUGCUCCAGUGGUGGAAUUACUGCUGGCCCGGGGUGCCAACGUCAACGUCAUGAACUACAGCGGCAACACGGCGCUGCACAACAUCCUCCAAGCUGCUGCCUACAAGCUGGAGCACCAGCCCGAGCUUGUGGUCCGAGCCCUGCUCAACUACGGCGCCAUCCGCGUCUGGCCUGGCUCCCUGCUCAAGGUGCUGCGGUACUGCCACGCGUGCCCGCGCGCCAUCGAGGCCCUGAUGAACAGCUACGAGCACGUGCGCGUCUCUGAGGACUGGGUGGAGGCUGUCCCAGCCGAGGUGGUGCAGAAAUACCCACGUUUCUACCAGUCGCUCUUCUCCCUGGAGCAGAGUCCUCGCUCCUUGCAGCACCUGGCUCGCUGCGCGCUCAGGACCUUCCUGGAGGGCCGGCUGCUUCGGGUCCUGUCGCAGCUGCGCCUGCCCAGGGCCUUGCACCAGUUCCUGCUGCUUGGCUUCGAGGACGUGCUCUACUGAGGGACGGGGCUCGACUGCGUCUCUGUGCCUGCGUUCGGUCCCUGCCCGUGCGCUCUGCGCCAGCCCGACUAACCCCUUCCCACCUCCCGCCCGGCCAAGUUACCCUCCCCUGCCCCGGCCGCAGUCCUGCCACCGCCUGCCUGCCCGCUGGUCCCUGCCGGCUCUGCCUCGUGCACCUGCUUCGGAGCCCGCUGUUCUCCCUUGCUGACGGGGGCAAACUCCACAUUCACUGAGAAAAACGAGAUGGGGAUUAGGGCAUUUUGUGGGACCAGGAGCAAGUGUUCUGCACUGAUCGCAGCGUUAGUUGCAGACUACCAAAUCGCCCUAUCCCAAAUCUGCAAACUCGAGCCCAAGCCAAGCCGCUCUGGUGCCCUGGGCAUUUGUUGGGACGCUGCCUUUUAGGAAGGCAUUUGCAGUUUGUAGCCAAGGGUGUUUGGAAUAAAACCUGGUCUUUGUUUAUGACGACCAGAGCACAACUUCUGCCUUGCCUUGAAGGCUGCCCCUAAUACGGCCCAUGCAUGUGACAUGCCAUGCAUAGCGGCAUGUGACAGGCACAUGCGCGCUGAGAUGUGUGCGCAUUUGUCUGCCCUUCAGAGGGCACGGAGGAAGGCGUGGGGGGUGGGGGGCUGGGGCCCUCCAAACAAGCACUAUUUAUGCAGGUACAACGUCUGGGUCGCCUGGCCUUGCAGCUCGGAGCCCGACAGCAGUGCCCGUGCCUGUGCUGGGGACCUCUGCGGGAGGACAGGCGUGGCAUGCUCGGAGAGCGCUGGUGCCCCGGGCACGGAGCAGCCGGCCCCGUGACGGCCCAGCCAGCAUCCACCGCAGCACAGUGCAGGCCUGCGCCUGCUGCCUGGGCUGCACCGCACGGCGGACGAGCUGAAGGGUGGCGUUUGCUUUAGAGACAAGGUUAUAAAGAGAUUAAAGCAUCAGCCACCCUGAAAUGGCUUGCUGGAAGCUCGCCCCGUUCCCAGCUGUGGGCUCAGGCGCUGGUGUCUUCGCAGGCUGCCCUGGGCUGAGGCUGGUGACAGCGUCAGGCUCCGUGGACUGACCCUGCGCAGGUCGCUGCCCACGGCAGCUCUGCAGGUGCAGCCACAGAGCGCGACAGAAGAAGCAGCAAGUGUGCUCAGGGCGCUCACGGCCACCUGCGAAAUGUCAGAGCGGGUCUGAAAACCCCUAUUUUCCCCAAGGCAGAGGAGCUGUUUAUGCAGUGGGUUUGCCCCUAGUGGUGCAAAAUUAAUAAUUUCUAAAUCUAGAUUCUUAGACCCCUGUUUACUUUUUCUCUUAGACAAUCCGUUGCAUUUCAUCCAUGAACUUGCGUGGUAACGCUUAGGAAACAACACAUUAUAAACCUUCUUUAGCUUUCUCUUUUCUUGGAGGGCACGACUUGCAUCAGGAAUGUGUUCUACGGAUUCUUGCUAAUGCUCAUCCAGUGUAUUAUGUACUGCACUGUUCCUGCAUCAUUUCUGAUGGAUGUUAUAUUAAUAGCCCAGAAAAGAAGCUGACUCGGCACGUGGCAUGUACCAGUGCUUUACCUUUGCGUCAGGAUUUGGGGUUUCUGUGGCAAGACCAUCACACCAAUGAGGUCGUGACUGGGAUGGAAGUUGGCGCAGAAGGAUGGGGAACAGUUUGGCUCCAUUUCUGAGCUCAACCCGGGAACUUGGCUUUAUUUCUUCACUGACACUGGAUGUAUGAAGUGGGAGAUGGAGAAGGUAACCCUGCCAUGCAAAUCCUUAGCCUGAGGGUGAGACUGUGUCGUGGACAGCAGGGCCUGUCAUGGGGGGAUGACGUUGGUGUUGG